AUGGGGCCUGGGCUGACAGUGGUGGCCUUCGUCCCCCAGCUCAUCCUCUUCGGGCUCAGCAACCAGAUGGUGGUGGCCUUCAAGGAGGAGAACACGGUGGCCUUCAAGCACCUCUUCCUCAAGGACUACGUGGAUGGCGCCGACGACUCCUACGCCGUCUACACCCAGCGCGGCCUCUACGAGCGCGUCUUCUACGCCCUGGACAAGUACCUGGCCCUGCCCGGCGAGGCCCUGGGCCGCUACGCGUACGUUCGGGGCGGCGCCGGGAACGGCUCCGCGCUCCUGCUGUGCCAGCGCUACUUCCGCAAGGGCCGCAUCGACCCCGCCAACGACACCUUCAACAUCGACCCCCACAUCGUGACAG